CCUGCUUGCUGGCUAAUGGAUCGCCUUUAUUUUGCAAUUCUCUGCCAAAAACCAAAGAGUGGAGCUGCAAAUACCCAUUAUUUCUGCAUAGAUGAUGAACUUGUGUAUGAGAACUUCUAUGCAGACUUUGGACCACUCAAUCUGGCAAUGGUCUACAGGUACUGCUGCAAGCUAAAUAAGAAGCUAAAGUCAUUUUCAUUGACAAGGAAGAAAAUAAUUCAUUAUACUGGCUUAGAUCAGAAAAAACAAGCAAAUGCUGCAUUCCUCAUAGGCUCCUACGCAAUAAUAUACCUGAGAGAAUCCCCAGAAGAUGUGUACAGGCUUAUAUUGGCAGGAAGUGUUUCAUAUCUUCCUUUCAGGGAUGCUUCCUUUGGUACUUGCAGUUUUCAUCUGACAUUGCUGGACUGUUUUCAUGCAAUAAACAAGGCUUUGCAGUAUGGUUUCCUGGAUUUUAGUACGUUUGAUGUAAAUGAAUAUGAGCAUUAUGAAAGAGCAGAAAAUGGAGAUUUUAACUGGAUAAUACCAAACAAAUUCAUUGCCUUCAGUGGACCUCAUUCAAGGAGUAAAAUUGAAAAUGGCUAUCCCCACCAUGCUCCAGAGGCUUAUUUCCCAUACUUCAGGCAGCACAAGGUCACCACCAUAAUACGCCUCAACAAAAAACUGUACGAUGCCAAACGAUUCACAGAUGCUGGAUUUGAGCAUUUUGACCUCUUCUUUGCUGAUGGGAGCACACCCAGUGAUACUAUAGUUAAAACAUUUCUAAACAUUUGUGAGAAUGCUGAAGGUGUUAUAGCUGUUCACUGCAAAGCUGGUCUUGGAAGAACUGGCACACUUAUUGCCUGUUAUAUCAUGAAGCAUUAUCGGAUGACAGCUGCUGAAACCAUUGCCUGGAUUAGAAUAAACAGGCCUGGUUCUGUCAUUGGACCACAGCAACAUUUCCUGAUGGACAAACAGGCAGAGCUUUGGACAGAAGGGGAUAUUUUCCGUGCAAAGUUGAAAGGAAACCAUAAAAUUGCUGUAACAAGAAUUCUGUCAGGAGUAGAUGAUAUUUCAAUUAAUAACACGAGAAACAGGAGAAGCAUCCAAAAGGACAUUGAACUGUACAGUGAUGAUGAUGAAACAAACUGUUUAACACAAGGGGAUAAACUUCGUGCUCUGAAAAGCAGGAGGCAAGCAAAAGCACCAGCUUCAUCUCCAUUGGCAUGGUUCCUAGCUAUGCUGGUGUCUACCCUGUGUAGCAUUGUCAUCUGGUGGAUUAUUUGUGGCUCCCUCCUGCCCAGACUGCUAUUCUGUCUAGAUGGUUUAAGAACAUAGUAACCAUCAGGACCCCCUGAGAGAGAGCCCCUGUCAGCCAACCCGUCACAAGGACUAGACCAGUCUGGCGUUGAAAUUCAAAUAAAGCCACGAGUGUUGAAGAGGAUAUUCAGGAGUGAAGGGGAUAUGACUAGAGGGAACUUGUUGCAAUUCAAGGAAGAUGACUUUGGCUUCAUUUUUUUCAGCAAAAAAAAAAUGAAAUAGAAGAAUCUCUUCUGUACCUGCAGAAUAAAAUGAACUGUGAACGUGCUUGGUAGACAUUUUCCUACCGUGCUAACACUUCCUCAAAAGCAAAACCAACAAAAUCAGUGUACAUUCAGACUCAGGUGUAAAUACUUAAGCUCUCUAUUAUAAAGAGGGCUUGCUAAUAUGUAUGAAGCAUGUGUACAAAUUGUGAUGGCAAUCACUUAGCUGCUGACCAGCAGAAACAAAAAGAUGGUGGGAGCUUUUAAACAUAUAAAAUCGUGUUGUCCCUUCAGACUGGGCUGAAGUCUUCACUUGAGACUGAGAAUCAACAACAAAAGCUUUAUUUCUUAUUCUAGUCUUGGUACUCUCCUGUGUUCAUCGGCUGUUUUCUUAUUUUGUAUGAAGUUUUUUAUGAAGCUGCAGUAUUGAGUACACUAAGUAACUAUUGUCCACCAAAGAGUGCUUUAUUUUCAGAGGUUGUGUGGUUUGUUUAGUUAGGAAAAAACUAAUUAUAAGUGAUUAACUUGUUUUUAAUAGUGACAGGUUUUUAGUUGUUCACAACCAAUGGCUCUUUUAAACCACUUUACAAUUGCUUUAAAUCUGGUAUGACUUCAAAGGGGAGGAAAAACAGUUUACCAUUUAAAGCAGUGCUGAGGUACUGAAAUGUCAUUACUGUUCCCUUUCCUAUCAUCAAGUCUUUUAGGUGAAGCUUUAGGUUACCAUAUACAAAAGGUAAGAACUUCCCCCAGAUUUUAUUGGUAUGCUUGAUAACAUUGUUUUUUAUCUUAGAGGCACUUAGUGAGUGCAGCACACAAAAAAAGGGAAAGUAAGCUUGCCAUACAGCUGAGCUUGCUGGUGCAACUCAGGGGCAGGCAGAAUAUUUGACACCUAAUUAACUUUAAGAACAUCUUACCUCUGUUAAAAAGCAGUGUGAUUUUUAGGGGAUUCUAUUUGAGACUGACAUUGUCAUCCACUACAAGACUGUCUUCAAACACUGGCAGUGGUUUUUUUUCCUACUUCUUUUCACAUUAUGGAAUCUCAAAGCUGAUGUACCCUUGUCUGCCAACUGAUGUUUGUAGCUGCAUAUCCCUCAGAUGAGGACUGUUACCACAUAGCCUUAAAUAUGAUUCAGUUAUCUGUUGAUUUAGUGACUCUUACAGUGGAAAGCAGAAGAAAUGGAGAGAUCUGAAAUGUCAGUAAUGGAAUAACUGAAUUUUUUUAAAGAUAAAGAUUACCUCUGCAAGAGGGAGAAUUUUAUUUUUGUGAAUGUAAAUGUUCAAUGACUAGUUUCAAUCUGCAUCCUUUUAAAUAAAAAUUGAUCUGUUAGGGUGGUGAUUUUUAAAUGUCAAGAUUAACAGUCACACAGUGGCUUGAAAAUAUUUUGUAGCAAGAGCAUCAUGAGCUGGAGAGGAAACAGGAUGUGAAGUGUGAGUAAGCUUUCAGGUAGCAUCCAUGAGUUUGGAUAGUCAGAAUGUGCAAAUAUGGAUACAAAGAAAACUAAAAAAGUCCAGUGCAAAGUAAAGGACCAUUGAGGCUCAGACUGCAAAUAUUUUUUUUG